UAGAAAACAAGUUUAAGUUUGUUUUGUAUUAUUGUUAUUUGUGAUGGAAAAAUUUGGUAUUGAAAGGUCUGAUGUUAUUUCCUACAUCGAAACAGUUCUUCAAGAACAACAUGUUUUAGAAGGAAAAGUUAAUGUAACAGGGACAAGUUCCAUUGGGGAUGGUUACACAGGUUUGGUGAUUUUUAUAGUCGCAACAGGCAAAAAAUAUGGCAAAGAAGUCAAACUAGAUUUUGCACUAAAGCACAGCUGCGCCUUAAAAGAAUUCCGCGAAAAAAUUCCAAUAGAAUUUGCUUACAAUUUGGAAACACUCGUGCUACAAAAAUUAGUGCCUUUAUAUCAAAAGAUAUUGCUCGAAAAUAACUGUACUCCUUUAAAAUGUUUUCCAAAAUGGUACAAAACGUUUGAGAGCCAAAACAGUAACGCCCUUGUUUUGGAAAAUUUAAAAGCUACAGGUUUUGUGAUCAACGACAUUAAAACGCCCUUUACAAUAAAUCAUCUAAAUUUAUUAAUGAAAAAUUACGCCAAAUUUCACGCGUUGGGUUUUGCUUUCAAGCUACGAAACCCUGAGAAAUUCAAAGAAAUAUCCAACGAAAUUAUUAAAUUACAUAAAGGAAUAAUGGAGUUUUGCUACGAACUCUAUAAAGGCUGGUUUAAAGUUUUGGACAACGUAUUGGAAAAUUGCAAUGAAACGGAAUUGUUGAAGAAGAAAAGAAAAAUCACCUUUGAAGAGGUUAUAAAUUUAACAGAUUACGUUAAUGAUCAUUCCACUAUAGUUCAUGGGGAUUGUUGGAACAACAACUAUAUGUUUAAGAUGAAUGGAGAUACUCCGGAACAAGUAAAAAUUUUGGACUGGCAAAUUUGCAACGUAUCAAAUCCACUGGUAGAUUUAUGCUACGUCAUAUUGGCCAAUAUUUCCCAAGAUAAUUACGAACAUAUAGGCGAUCUACUUGAAACAUAUUACAAGGACUUUUCCGAAAACCUUAGAAAACUUAAAUGCGAUCCAAAUGAAAUUUACCCGAAAGAAAAUUUCCUGGGAGAUUAUAAAAAGUAUGCAAGAGUGUCCCUGAUGAUGGUCCCGUCAGUGUUGCAAAUUAGCUCCAAGUCCAAAUCAGAAUUGCCUGAUAUAACGAAAGUAGAUGUUGAUAUGGUGGAAAGUUUUUCCAAUCCUCAGGGUGAAGAAGUCAACGAAAAAAUUUUAACCUAUGCCAGAUACUUGGAAAAAUAUGGAAUUAUAUAAUCCUAAUCUAUAUUUUUAUUAAUGUACACAGGAAAAACGCUUU